AUGACGGCCAUCGCCACUGCGGCAGUGAUGAAUGACCACGACUCUGAAAAAGAGUCCAAAAUAGAUCAUAGUCCGUCACGAUUUACCGCGGUGAAUGGCAGAGACACUGUGAUAGCUGGGGCUGCAGCUCCGAUUGCACCACCGAGUGGCACAUCGAGCAACGGCGACCAUAGGGAACCUACAGAAAUUUGGUCACGGGGCAGCCAUGAUCUAUCCUCGCGACCUGAAGAACGGAUGCGCGAGAACGGAAACGACCAGGAAGAUCAAAGUUCCCAGCGAUCUGCUUCUCUCUGUCCUCCCUCGACAUCCAACAGAAGCAAGCGGAAGAGGUCAGAGUCUCACGAUCAAGAAGAGAAUUCCCAUACGUCUUACAGAGCCCUGAGGAGCCCGUCUCAUCUAGAACCCGAACCGGGAGAGCAUUCCGUACCGCCACCAUCCUCGAAUGGCAUUGUGGGGCCUCAACCCGAUAUUGAAUCUAGAAAUACAUCUGCGCACAGCCGGCCAGACGAUGCCGAUGACUCAAGAACGUCGUCUGCGAAUCCUUCUUGGUCAGAAUAUGAUACGCAGCUGAUCAAUCAAUCCCAACGCGCUCCGCAAAUCGAUGCCUCUGAUGCUCAAUUAGCAGAAGCACUCCAGCGCGAAGCGCAGGGUCCAGAGGUUACUCAGAAGACUUGGGGUACAAUUAACCGGCCGGUUGACGCGCCUGUGGCGAGUGAACAACCUUCACCGCUUUCUACGUUCUCCCAGGAACGCUCCCAAGCUACGGCGCAGGUCGCGCCUAAGAGGAAGCGCGUUUUUAGCAACAGAACCAAAACCGGUUGUAUGACUUGCCGACGAAGGAAGAAAAAAUGCGAUGAACAACACCCAGCUUGUAAUAAUUGUAUCAGAGGAGGCUUUCUAUGUGAGGGAUAUUCGUCUCGAAGCACAUGGCAGAAGCCCUCAAAUGCGAAGACUCCAGUUCCCUUGCAAUCAAAGGAGGGAUAUCCUGAUAUUAGUAGUCAAUAUGUUCAUGAUAUUAACCAGCACGACCGGCCGCAAAAUAUAGCAGAGCAGCUUGAGCCAGGGAAAAUGAGACCAAUAGUUGUGGAGGAAGAAACCCGCGCUGCUGCCCAGUUCAACACGAGCCCAACGGGAGUAGGUCCAAGCCGGGGAUCGUGGCCAAAGCGAAGCUGGCCAAGUGCCAGUCAUGCGAGUUAUAUUGCGGAUCCCCUGGCUAAAUCAGACUAUCGAGAAGUUCCAUCGAUUCACGAAUUAUCGCGCGAGGGACAUCCUAAAGCCGAGUAUCAGAUCGUUCCCCCAAUUAGAGAACUUCCACAUGGAAACCAUUCCAAACCAAACGUGCCUCUUUUCCAAGGUGGAAUUGACCAGCGACCAGCUCACACGAGCAGUAUCGAUACCAGCACUCCACAAGCCCAAGCAAGAAUGGCGUUGAGUAUCGAGCACCAGUUGUCUGUUCGUGCAGUUUCCGGUGAGGAGACGGAGAAAGAUAAAAUGAUCCGUGGUGAUCUUUAUCGGCCGUUUGAUAUUCAUCUUGUGGAGGAAAGAGAUCGGUGUAAGGCGGCUCUAUGGCGGUUUAACAACAGCUGCAAUCCUGUUUCUGGGCUUAGUACGAAGGAACAGAACCGCUUGUUGAAAGAGAUCCUCGUUCCUCCUCCUCCGGCUGUCAAUUCACCUUCAGCCGCUACGUCGCCCAGAACUGCGGGGUCCAUUGGGCAGGGUGCCGUUGUGGAGGCCCCCUUCCAAUGUCAUUAUGGGUACAACGUCCACAUAGGCGAGGAUGUCAUGAUCUCCGAAAGUUGUCUUUUUGUCGAUGACUGUUCCAUUACGAUUGGAGCCCACACAUGGAUUGGCCCGAGGGUAACCAUACUAACCUCUAUGGCUCAUUCAAAUAUGCAGGAGCGCAAAGGUUCACAAAGUCGCUACCAGGGACGACCUGUUACAAUUGAAGAAGAUUGUUAUGUUGGUGCUGGUUGCACAAUUUACCCCGGAGUUCGACUACGACGCGGGGCCUAUGUUGCACCAGGCGAAGUAGUAAAGUCCGACAUUGUGGCUUAUGGAUUCCAAGGUCUCAAGCCAAGCUACAUGUGA